AUGGCGGUUUUGGUGAUGGUUUUUGGGGUGGUUUUGGGACUCUGUAUCUGCACUACCCUGUUGAGAUGGAAUGAGGUGAGAUACAGGAAGAAGGGGCUGCCUCCGGGGACAAUGGGGUGGCCUGUGGUUGGAGAGACUACAGAGUUUUUGAAGCAAGGACCAAGCUUCAUGAGAAACCAGAGAGCAAGGUAUGGAAGCUUAUUCAACUCACACAUAUUGGACUGCCCUACGAUUGUUUCCAUGGAUCCAGAGCUCAACAGGUAUAUACUGUUGAACGAAGGAAAAGGUCUUAUUCCCAGUUACCCCCAGUCCAUGUUGGAUAUUCUGGGGAAAUGCAACAUUGCUGCUGUUCAUGGUCCACUACACAAGUCUAUGAGAGGAGCCCUGGUUAGCCUCAUAAGCCCUGUCAUGAUCAGAGAGCAGCUUCUUCCAAAGAUUGAUAAGUUUAUGAGAUCCCACCUCAGUAACUGGGAUGGAAAAACUAUCGAUAUCCAAGAGAAAACGAAAGAGAUGGCUCUGUUGUCAUCACUCAAUCAGAUUGCUGGCACCGAAUCCAGUUUGAUAGCUGAAGCCUUCAAGCCAGAGUUCUAUAAACUGGUUCUAGGGACCCUUUCACUGCCAAUCAAUCUACCAGGGACAAAUUACAGAUGUAGAUUCCAGGCACGGAAGAAUAUCAUUAGCAUCUUGAAAACAAUCAUAGAGAGAAGACGAGCCUCUUCAUCUAUCCACCAUGACAUGCUUGGUGGCCUAUUGAGAGGAGAAGACUCAAGAUACAAACUCAAUGAUGAAGAGAUUAUUGACCAGCUAAUUACAAUCCUGUAUUCGGGUUACAGAUAG